AUGGCGACGAUACGCCGAGCCUUGCCGUUCUCAACAGCAACACUAGGAUGCGUCGUUUUAAUCGCGGCCCUGAGCUAUCUGCUCUACCGUCUGCUCGGAAUUGGUCGGCGUCCAGCGGUUCUACCCCCGGGUCCGCCAACUCAAGCAAUAUGGGGUAAUUUGAGGCAGUGCGAUUCGUUCUUUCCACAUCAUCAAUACACGGAGUGGGCAUCGAAAUAUGGCCCAGUAUAUACGAUGAUGCAAGGAGGCCAGCCACAAGUCAUCGUGAGCGGGCUCGCUGAAGCUCGAGAGAUAUUCGUGAAACAAGGCGCUCGGACACAGAGUCGACCCCCGUCUCGUUUCAAAUUGCUCAUGCGAGGCGGAUACUUUCCCAGCGUGAUGAACGGGCUAAAGUGGCAACACGCACGCAGAAUGUGGCAUGCUGUAUUGAAUUCGAGCGCUUCGAGCAAAUAUCUCCCUUACCAGGAGCUGGAAAGUGAGCAGCUCCUCCUUGAUAUGCUCAAUAAACCACAUUGUUGGUACGACCACCUUGAACGAUACACCAAUAGUGUAGGGAUGACGAUGGUGAACGGCUACAGAAUCACAUCGUCUGACGACCCAAUCGUGAAAGAGACGAUUGAAGAUCUAUACGAGCUGUCUAGGGUUGGCGUUCGGGGUAAUGUGCUUGACCUUUGGCCGGUCCUAUGGAAGUUGCCCAUAUACUUGCUCCCAAUCUGCCGGGAGGCUAGGGAGCUUGCGGAGAAACACAAGAGAUUUAUUUGGAGAAACUACACUGCAGUAAAAGAAAGUGUUAAACAAGGAACAACCCUGCCAUCGUUCAAUCGAACGAUCCAAGAAAGGUUGCAGUCGGGCUGGAGAGGCGUUUCUGAAAUAGAAGGCGCCGAAAUUGGCCAGCAUUUGUUGUCCGGUGCAACAGACACGACGGUGUCGGUCUUGACUACUUUCGUCGCUGCUAUAUGUCUCUUCCCAGGCGUGCAACGCAAAGCGCAAGAAGGUUCGGAAAGGCUGCCACAGUAUGAAGAUACAGCAAGCCUCCCGUAUAUCCAGCAAUUGAUUCUCGAAGCUCAGCGUUGGAUCACCUCAGUUCCGUUGUGUCUCCCAAGGGUCGCCAAUGGGACAGUCAGAUGGGGAAAUUAUGAGAUAUCUGAAGGCACUGGGCUGAUAAUCAAUGCGCAUGCAAUCCACAGCGACCCAGGUAUGUAUCCGGAGCCGCAUAUUUUUCAACCGGAGCGCUGGGAAGGCAAGCUCGAUGCAACUCGGCCAGACAACCAACUUCUUUUCACGUUUGGCGCUGGGCGCCGUCAUUGUCCCGGGCAACAUUUGGCAGAGAGAAGCCUGUUUAUGGUAGUUUCACGCUGGCUGUGGGCAUUGGACACUUCGCAAGCGAAAGACAAAGACGGAAACGAUAUUCCCAUAAACACCAAGGACUUGAGACCUGGCGUGAUUAAUCGCCUGAAACCCUUCCAGGCAGAUAUUAAACCACGGAGUCCCGAACGAGCAACGCUGAUCCGGCAAGUCUGGAGAGAGAAUUGCGAAUACUUGCUAGAUCAGAAACAUCAAUGGAAGCUGAACCCGGAUAUUAAUUAUAAGAGAGUGAAGUGA